CCCUCCGCCCUCCCAGAGCUCGCUUCUAAUGGAGGUGAACGAGGGGGCGAGGAGGCGGGGCCUGAGCGCCGCCGUGCAUGCUGGGCCUUCGGGGCGGGACGUUGCUCCAGCCCCUAGCGCGGGAGUGAUGAACGUACGGGUCCCGAGAGGGCUUUUGGCGCGCUGCGAAUUCUGGUGGCUUGUCUGAGGAACCCCAAAAAUAAGUCUUGGACGCUGUGCCUAGAACUGAAACCGAGGAUGAAGGCCCUCCGGGCCCUGUGCAGGCAGCUCGGACAUUCCAGGGGAUCUGCUGCAGAGCCAUCGCGCCGGGCGCAGCUCUCCACCUCCUCUUCCUGCUUCGGCCGGAAGAAAAGAACAAACCCUUACGAAGGCGUGGACCAAGGAAAAUACUCGGACUUAGUGCAGUCUGUCCUGUCCUCCCGAGGCCCCACUCAGACCCCCGAGUCCCUGUGGGAGGAAGAUGCUUUGCUCUAUGGACCCGUGAGCAGAGCUCAGCUCUCGGGACAGGAUCAGGAAGCCAAGAGCCCCCGAAACUGGUUCCCCAUCUUCAAUCCAGAAAGGGGCCUAGAACCCGGCCCAAGGCACCCCUCGGUGCCCCUGAAAAUCCCGCUGCGGAGGAACGGGGUCCCCAGCGUGACCCGGGUGCUGCAGCACACCAUGUCGCCAGAACAGGUUUUCUAUUUGGAGAGGUGGAAGCAACGGAUGAUUAUGGAACUGGGAGAAGAUGGCUUUGCAGAAUACACUUCAAAUAUCUUUCUGCAAGGGAAACAGUUCCAUGAAGCCUUGGAAAGCAUCCUUCUCCCCCAGGGAAACUUCAGAGAGACAGCUGAUAGUCUUCUCAAAUGUGGCUAUAUUGAAAGUGUCCAGCACGUUCUGAAAGAUGUGAGCCAGGUGCGAGCUCUUGAAAGCGCCGUUCAGCAUGAGACCUUGAAGUAUGCAGGGCUGCUGGACUGUGUGGCUGAGUAUCAGGGCAAGCUGUGUGUGAUUGACUGGAAGACAUCAGAAAAACCAAAGCCAUUCAUCCGAAACACAUUUGACAACCCACUGCAGGUCGUGGCAUACAUGGGUGCCAUAAACCACGACGCCAACUACAGCUUCCAGGUUCAGUGUGGCUUGAUCGUGGUGGCCUACAAGGACGGGUCCCCCGCCCACCCGCACUUCAUGGACGCCGACCUCUGUGCCCAAUACUGGACCAAGUGGCUUCUUCGGCUCGAAGAGUACACAGACAAGAAGAGCCAGACUGUUCAGAAGCCAGCUUAAGGGGCCUUGUACACCAGCCAGCACACUCAGAGUUUAAGGAAACGGCUCACUGCUUCCUGCCGUCUGACCGUGGAGGUGCCGCUGGACCCGAGAGCUCUGUGAUCACAAGCAGAAG